AUGAUUGAUAUAUUAUUUAUUUAUUCGAAACUCAACCCCGAUCUGGGUUAUCGUCAAGGCAUGCAUGAGUUGCUGGCGCCGAUUUUGUGGGUCGUCGAUAGGGAUGCCAUCGAACCCAAAUCUCGUGAAGAGCCUACUUCAACCGGUUCAGGCGAUGAAUUUAUGCUUCAUCUUUUGGACUCCGAAUAUAUCGAGCAUGAUGCGUUCAGCCUUUUCUGCUCGGUAAUGCAGAGCACCAGAGCAUACUACGAGCACAACACACAUCGAUCAGUGAACGGGCAAGCUGAUGCGAUCCCAAUUAUUCUCCAAUGCGAGCACAUUCAUAACGAUCUACUGGUGGCUACAGACCUGGAGUUAGCUGAUCAUCUACAAGCACUUGAUAUUCUUCCCCAAAUUUUCUUAACUCGAUGGAUGCGUCUUCUUUUUGGGCGCGAGUUCCCGUUUCAAGACAUGCUUAUGAUUUGGGAUGCUCUUUUUGCAGAGGGACUCCGACCCGGGCUAAUUGACUUCGUGUGCGUGGCGAUGCUACUUCGAGUCCGCUGGGAAUUACUGGGCUCCGACUCAUCAACUGCCCUGACCACGUUGCUUCGCUAUCCGUCGCCUCACCCUCACUCCCCAGUCAGUUUUGUUCAAGAUGGAUUGUACCUUGAACAAAACCCUACGCCCGAGAGAGGUUCGUUCCUCAUUUCCAAGUAUUCCGGAAAACCUCCCGAAGUAUCAAAGAGACCCAACUCAGCAAGCAGAGCCCGCCCGGGCCGAAGAUUCCAGUUUCGCAGUGAUUUUAGGGGCAAUAGUGAGACAGGUUCCCCUUCAAGAUCCUCAGCAAGAAAUAGCCCGUUGAGUAUCGAGGCUCUUCUUCAGGACGUAUCAGAUGGCAUACAGCGAAGGACCGAGACAUGGGGUGUGGCGAAAGCUGUACGCGGGGCCGUCAAUGAAGCGAAGAAAAAUAUGCAAUCCAUGCAGGCGGAUCACGCGUCACGGCUGAUGAGAACCGGAGAUUCAGCGCCUGGUCCGAUUUUAUACCGGGAGUCCGAUGCUACCACGCAGUUGAAGGCUAAGAUUGAGGGCAUCCGGGAGAAAAACCGGAGACUGGCCGCGUCACUGGGUGAGGCAGUGAUUGAUAUUCGCUCACAACUGGCGAAUAAUGCAACCAUGAAUCCCGAAACUACAAAGACCGUGGAGCAAGCUCUUACGAAAGUUGAAAAUGUGCAGAUUACGCUCGAGACGCCUUACUCUGAUUCAGAUUAUACGCAGUCUUCCAAUGUCGGCGAUCCCACGAACGAGACAAAGCAUUCUGACCAUUACAAGCCAAUAGCUGGUGACGAGAAGUCUACGCCGUCGGAAAACGACAGGCCCCCACGCGCCUCGAUUGAUUCCAGCAUAUCGAAUACACCCAGUUCCAAGUCACCUGCUGAAAGCGACAAUGGGAAACGCAUUAUUUUAUCGCCUCAACCAGUGAACAAGGCUAGGCCCUUACGACACCCCACCCGGCCGUCGUUAGCAAAUUCAGAAUUCUCAUGGAUGCUGGGUGGAGGUCGACAUCUUUCCAGCUUUGUUAGCCCUGCAUCAGUUCCGCCGGAACAGACUAGACAUGGUGAACCACGAGUUAAACAGAGCGCCCUCUUCGGUAAUGGCGAUGUUGAGCAGAAGAAGCCGGACGCUGAACCGGACGGAUUGGCAAUGAAGAGUUUGAGGGUGGGAAAACGUGGAGAGUAG